AUGGAGCAGGAGUGCCCUGAGCAGCCCGUGGUUCUGAGAGAGGACAGAAGCCCAUGGCGGCGGAAGAGGAAACAGCGCAGCAAAGCUGCCAGCCUGUCCUCCAUGGAGCUCAUCCCCAUUGAGUUUGUGCUGCCCACUAGCCAGCGCCACAGCAAGAACCCUGAGACGGUGUUGCUGCAGGUGGCCGGUCACUGCAAUGUGCAGCAGAUGAAGGCCCAGCUAUGGCUGCGUGCACUGGAGACCAGCUCAGUGGCCGAUUUCUACCACCGGCUGAGCCCUGAUCACUUUCUGCUGCUCUACCAGAAGAAAGAACAGUGGUAUGAGAUUUAUGACAAGUACCAAGUGGUGCAGACCCUCGACUGCCUGCACUACUGGAAAGCGCUGCCCAAGAGCCCAGGUCAGAUCCAUUUGGUGCAGAGGCGGCCACCCUCCGAGGACACGCUGGCCUUCCAGCGACAGAUCACUGCCCUCAUGGGGUACGAUGUCACCGACAUCAGCAACGUGCAUGAUGAUGAGCUUGAGUUCACACGCCGCCGGCUGGUCACCCCACGCCUGGCUGAAGUGGCAGGCCGUGACCCCCAACUCUAUGCCAUGCACCCUUGGGUGACUUCCAAACCCCUCCCAGACUACCUGAGUAAGAAGAUUGCCAACAACUGUAUCUUCAUCGUCAUCCACAGUAGCACCACCAGCCAGACCAUCAAGGUGUCGGCUGAGGACACCCCGUGCACCAUCCUCCAGAGUUUCUUCACCAAGAUGGCCAAGAAGAAGUCUCUGCUGGGUAUCCCCGAGAGCCAGAAUGAACAGGACUUUGUGUUGAGGGUCUGUGGCCGAGAUGAAUAUUUGGUGGGUGAGGCCCCUAUCAAAAACUUCCAGUGGGUGAGGCAAUGCCUCAAGAAUGGAGAGGAGAUUCAUCUGGUGCUGGACACCCCACCAGAUCCAACCCUGGACGAAGUAAAGGAAGAAGAGUGGCCACUAGUGGAUGACUGCACUGGAGUCACCGGCUACCACGAACAACUGACCAUCCACGGGAAGGACCACGAGAGUGUGUUCACUGUGUCCCUCUGGGACUGCGACCGCAAGUUUAGGGUCAAGAUCAGAGGCAUUGACAUACCCGUCCUGCCACGCAAUGCAGAUCUCACUGUGUUGGUAGAGGCUAAUAUUCAGCAUGGACAGCAGGUCCUUUGCCAAAGGAGAACCAACCCGAAGCCCUUCACCGAGGAGGUACUCUGGAAUGUGUGGCUAGAGUUCAGCAUCAAAAUCAAGGAUUUACCCAAAGGGGCCCUCCUCAACCUCCAGAUCUAUUGUGGCAAAGCACUGGCACUAUCUGGUAAGACCUCGGCAGAAACCUCUGGCACUGAGGUCAAGGGCAAAGCCCAGCUUCUCUACUAUGUGAACCUGCUGCUCAUAGACCACCGUUUCCUCCUGCGCCAUGGGGAAUAUGUGCUCCAUAUGUGGCAGAUAUCCGGAAAGGCAGAAGACCAGGGCACCUUCAAUGCUGACAAGCUCACAUCAGCAACCAACCCAGACAAGGAGAAUUCAAUGUCCAUCUCCAUUCUUCUGGACAACUAUUGUCACCCAGUUGCUUUGCCUAAGCACCAGCCCACCCCAGACCCUGAGGGGGACCGAAUCCGAGCAGAAAUGCCCAACCAGCUUCGGAAGCAACUGGAAGCCAUCAUAGCCACUGACCCACUUAACCCUCUCACUGCUGAAGACAAAGAAUUGCUCUGGCAUUUCAGAUAUGAAAGCUUGAAGCAUCCCAAAGCCUAUCCUAAGCUUUUUAGCUCAGUUCAAUGGGGACAGCAAGAAAUUGUGGCGAAAACAUAUCAGUUGUUAGCCAGAAGGGAGAUCUGGGAUCAAAGUGCUUUAGAUGUGGGGUUAACCAUGCAACUCCUGGACUGCAACUUUUCAGAUGAAAAUGUGAGAGCCAUAGCAGUUCAGAAACUGGAAAGCCUGGAGGACGAUGACGUUCUGCAUUAUCUUCUCCAGCUGGUUCAGGCUGUGAAAUUUGAACCCUACCAUGACAGUGCCCUUGCCAGAUUUCUACUGAAGCGUGCAUUAAGAAACAAGAGAAUUGGUCACUUCUUGUUUUGGUUCUUGAGAAGUGAGAUAGCCCAGUCCAGGCACUAUCAGCAGAGGUUUGCUGUGAUCCUGGAAGCCUAUCUGAGGGGCUGUGGCAUGGCCAUGCUGCAAGACUUUACACACCAAGUUCAAGUAAUCGAGAUGUUAGAGAAGAUCACCAUUGACAUCAAAUCUCUCUCUGCUGACAAGUAUGACGUCAGUUCCCAAGUUAUUUCACAACUUAAGCAAAAGCUUGAAAACCUACAGGAUUUGAAGCUCCCCCAAAGCUUUAGAGUUCCAUAUGAUCCAGGACUGAGAGCAGGAGCCCUAGUGAUUGAGAAAUGCAAAGUGAUGGCUUCAAAGAAGAAGCCCCUAUGGCUAGAGUUUAAAUAUGCAGACCCUACAGCUCUAUCCAAUGAAACAAUUGGAAUUAUCUUUAAACACGGUGAUGAUCUCCGGCAAGACAUGCUUAUUUUGCAGAUUCUACGAAUCAUGGAGUCCAUUUGGGAGACGGAAUCUUUGGAUCUGUGCCUCUUGCCAUAUGGCUGCAUUUCAACUGGUGACAAAAUAGGCAUGAUAGAGAUUGUGAAAGAUGCCACAACAAUUGCCAAAAUCCAGCAAAGUACGGUGGGCAACACAGGUGCAUUUAAAGAUGAAGUCCUGAACCAUUGGCUCAAAGAAAAGUGUCCUAUUGAGGAAAAGUUUCAGGCUGCUGUGGAGAGAUUUGUCUAUUCCUGUGCAGGAUACUGUGUGGCAACCUUUGUUCUUGGAAUAGGUGACAGACACAACGACAAUAUUAUGAUCACAGAGAUGGGAAAUUUAUUCCAUAUUGACUUUGGGCACAUUCUUGGGAAUUACAAAAGUUUUCUGGGCAUUAAUAAAGAAAGAGUGCCAUUUGUGCUCACCCCAGACUUCCUGUUUGUGAUGGGAACUUCUGGAAAGAAGACAAGCCCUCACUUCCAGAAAUUUCAGGAUGUCUGUGUCAAGGCUUAUUUAGCACUUCGUCAUCACACCAACCUGUUGAUCAUCUUAUUCUCGAUGAUGCUAAUGACAGGCAUGCCCCAGUUAACAAGCAAAGAAGACAUUGAAUAUAUUCGAGAUGCUCUCACAGUGGGGAAAAAUGAAGAAGAUGCAAAAAAGUAUUUUCUUGACCAGAUUGAAGUUUGCCGAGAUAAAGGAUGGACUGUACAGUUUAACUGGUUCCUCCACCUGGUACUUGGCAUCAAACAAGGAGAGAAGCAUUCAGCCUGAUACUUGGAGUUGUUGAUUUAAAAGCAA